AUGAGCACACCAAUCCUGCAGCGGGAUCUCGUACUAGAAUCUCUGAAGAUCGAUUAUGACGACCAAACAAAUAAAUGGUUAAAUGAAGUGAAACCAAAUGCCGAGAAACCUCGUCAACACAAGCUUACUGUUCAGCGCAAGAAGGAAGAAAAGGAGCGCCGGGACCAAAUCCGUCGUGCUCGCGAGGCUCGCACUAUUGCAGCUCGUGAACAAGAAGCGAAUGCCAACGCUACAGGCAUGCCGGGAAUGGGUGGCAUGCCAGGAAGGGGCGGCAUGCUAAGAAUGGACGGCAUGCUAAGAAUGGACGGCAUGCUAGGAAUGGGCGGCAUGCCAGGAUCGGGUGAUGGGAUGUUCAAUAGCGAAAACGUUGUGAAUUGUGUGUGUUCAUUUAGGGUUAAUAUUAUUAAAAAAAAUUAA